GGUUGGGGCAGACCCAAGCAAGAUGCCAACAGACAAUCCAGAAGAGAGAGAAGGAGGUACAAGAGAUGAGGAGAGCAGUUGACACUGUGAAGAGCUCUGCACAAUCUGCUGUGCUGUAUAGUGACAAGAUGUUUGAUGACAUCAUUCGCUCUGUUGAGAGAAGGCGCUCUGAGGCGAGAGAGAUGAUCAGAGCUCAGGAGAAGGCGGAGGUGAGUCGGGCUGAGGGACUCCUGAAACGACUGGAGCAGGAGAUCUCUGAGCUGAGGAAGAAAGUUGAUGAGAUGGAGAAGCUUUCACACACACAGGAUCACAUCCAUUUCCUGAAGAAUGUAGGCUCCCUUGCCGAUAUUCCUUACAGUGCAACAUCAGCUUCCGUGACCCUCCUCAACUCCAACCUCUCCUUUGAGCCAGUGAAAACAUCGGUCUCUGCACUGAAGACGCAGCUGCAGGAGAAAUUGGAUUCGACCUUCAAACAGGAAGCAGUCAAAAUGUCUGCAGCAGUGGCAACUAUGCAGAUGUUCCAGAGCAAGCAAUAUACUGAUCCUGAGCUGCCAUUCAGAAGAGCAGGCAGUACGGAGCUGCAGCCCAUGACCAGAGAGCACUUCUUGCAGUAUUACUGCCGCUUCACCCUGGAUCCAAACACUGCAAACAGAAAACUCCGCCUGUCUGAGGGGAACAGGAGGGUGGAGCUGCGAGAUGAGACGCUCCAGUUAUAUCCAGAUCAUCCCGAGAGAUUCCAUGACAGUUGGUGUCAGGUGCUGUGUAGAGAGGGUGUGCCUUGCCCUGCACGCUGUUAUUUUGAAGUUGAGUGGAGUGGUGAGUGGGCGAAUAUAGCCGUGUCAUAUCAAACCAUUGGCAGGAAAAGAAACCUUAAUGAUUGCCGUUUUGGAAACAAUGACAAGUCCUGGAGACUUACGGUUAACCCCUUUGAGACAUUUUUCUACCACAAUAAUGACCGCACCGACCUCCUUGUAGUGGCCAGUCCCAGAGUAGGAGUGUAUGUGGACCACAGGGCAGGCACUCUGGCCUUCUACACCAUUUCUGACACCAUGACGCUCCUGCACAAAGUCCAGACCACAUUCUAUCAAACACUGUAUCCUGGGUUUUGGUUAGGAGCGAGAUCAUCAGCUAAGCUCUUGUGACUCACAUGCAUGUAGCACAUCUGGGCUGUGUGGAUCCAUGUGUGUUGUUAUACGUGUAUGCACAUGACAUCACAUCUCAUCACCACAAGUUAUGACUGGGAGCCUUGGUAACAUUUUUACCAGGGCGUAUUUGACUAUACAGAUUGUUUUCUUUAUUAGGCGGGAUAAUGACCACCGCCCAGUGUUUGAGCACAUUCAAUAUCUUAAGUCACCUGUCUGCAUCAGUUUCACACACACACACACACACACACACACACACACACACACACACACACACACACACACACACACACACACACACACACACACACACACACAGACACACACACACACACACACAGUGAAAACGUGUCUGUAUAAAGAAAGAAUCUAACCUUAGGUGCAAAAAUGGAAACUAUGAAAAGUUAAAGACUGUGGUGGCAAGUUGAACAUGACUACAGUAGGUGGGGUGUCUGACCCCCUAGUAAGUUUUCUGACAUUGAUCAUCGUUAGUAUGUAUGGAAAAGUUUUGUUUUUCUUUUUUUCAAGUUUUUUUGUUAAGCAUUUUACGUUGUCAUCAUGCAGGUUGUUGUGAAAUCCGCCAACUGGUGUACACCACAUGCAUAAUUAUGACAUUUUUUUGUCAGGUAUUUUGUUUGCAGUAAUGCUAUGUUACCCUACAUUUAAUCAAUGUCAGGAGAUGGAAAACGUUUCUGUUGGCGGAAAGCUAUAGUGCACAUUGUUUAUGUACAUUUAAUUAAUAUUCUGGUUUGUUUCUUUGAAUGAUUGAACCUCUUCUCUUUUCCCAUUGCAGCUAAUAGACUUUUAAUUUUAAAAUGUUUCGUUUUAUGUUCUUUUUUCUACGUUUUCCCAAUAAAUAUUACUUUCAUUCA